AUGGCCAGCCUUUCCAUCGUUUCCUGGGUUAUUGGAAUCAUCGUUACGCUUGGCUUUGUCAUCUUGUUCUUCAAGUGUCUCAUGAAUCGUCGAGCUCCGCGUCAAACCGCACCCAGGCCUUCGAUCUCCGGACCUCCGAUUCCCGCGCCUCCUCAGGGAAUCGAAGGCGACGUUGAACUUGGAACCACCAACGACCGUCACGAUAAGACCACCAAGAGCUCGACAGUUGGUGAUCAACCUCGCGUGCCACCACCUCCGUAUUGUCGACGAAGCUGA